AUGGAGGAUGAUAUUGGGCUAUGGAAGCAGAAGGAAGGAGUGUUUAAAAACAAAUUCUCAACAAAGUUAACUUGGGAGAUGCUACGAAGUAGAAGUGAGUACUGCGAGUGGCACAGAGGAGUCUGGUUUAACUAUGCUACUCCAAAAUAUGCUUUCUUGACUUGGUUAGCAAUUCACAAUAGGCUUUCAACUGGAGAUAGAAUGUUGAGUUGGAAUGGGAAUGUGAAUGCUGCUUGCUCUCUGUGUGAUACGCCGAUAGAAACGAGGAAUCAUCUAUUCUUUGAGUGCAGAUAUGCUUCAAUUGUUUGGAAGAGUCUGGUAAGAGGCAUAAUGGAGGAUGAUUACACAAACAAUUGGCAGGAGUUAGUCACGAUGUUAUCAACAAGCCAGAAGACUAUCAAGGUGUUUACGCUGAAGUAUGUUUUUCAGGCGACUAUACAUUGUUUAUGGCUUGAAAGAAAUGGAAGAAGACAUGGUGAGGCACCCAUUCCACCAGAUAAACUGAUUCGACAGAUUGAUAGAAGUGUUCGAAAUAGGUUUUCUUCUAUUCGGCUAGUGGGAAGUAAGAAGAUGGAAGGAGGUUUGAGAUAUUGGUUCUCAACAAGACAAUGA